CGUGUCCGGCGCACGCGCGUUAUCCAGCCGCCGACAGCGCCAAACAUUUCCCCGGCCGGCCGCUUUUAUUCCCUCCCGCGUCCCUCUCCCGCGCGCAGAAGCAGCAGAACCAAACGCCAAGACGCAAAGCGACCGGGAGCUUCCCGAUCCUCCUGUCCUGUAGCCGCGCGUGGGAAAGGGGGGCUGCAACUUUUCCUCGGUGCGGCGGUCAGUCCAUCCAUAUAUAUAGCAAAUGGAGAGGAGCUGGUUCGGGUGGAGGAAGGCGAAGCAGGGCGGAGGUGGCGGUGCCGGCGGCGGCGGCGGGGAGAAGGAGGAGGAUCAGGCCAAGGUGGUGGUGGACGGGUCCGGGAUACGGGAGCUGGUGGAGGACAGGGAGGCGUUCGGCAUGUUCGCGGAGAGCAAGUUCCGGCAGCUCGACGCCGACGGGGACGGCAGGCUGUCCGUGCGGGAGCUGCAGCCCGCCGUGGCCGACAUCGGCGCGUCGCUCGGCCUGCCCGCGCAGGGCUCCUCGCCCAACGCCGACCACAUCUACUCCGAGGCUAUGAGUGAGUUCACUCAUGGUCACGGGAACCAAGAGGGUGUAAGCAGGGCAGAGUUCCAGGAGGUACUGUCCGACAUUCUCCUCGGCAUGGCGGCCGGGCUCAAGAAGGACCCGAUCGUGAUACUGCGCAUCGACGGCGAGGACCUCAGGGACUUCGUGUCCAGCCCAAGGUAUGAGCCGGCAGUCGCUGCCAUCUUCUCACAGGUUGUGUCUGGAGACCUCUCUCUCCGGCAAUGCGUGCUAGCUGCUGUCCAGCAGCUCGGCGUCGACCACGGCAUGCCCCCGGCUGCUGACCCUUGGGUGGUAGAGAACGUGGUAGAACCGGCAUUGCAGCAGCUCUCCGCCGAUGAGCUCGAGCAACCGUCGUCCCGGGACGUCUUCUUUGAGCAGCUGAAGAAGCUCCUGGGCAGCGUGGCGGAUCAGCUUCAGGAGCGGCACGUGAUCGUUGCGCACACCGAGAACACCUUCGACGGGAGCGGCGUCAGGAGGCUGCUGGGAAACAAGUUCGAGCUGGACAAGCUGCUGGAUUCUGUGUGGAGGGACGUGCCGGCAGAGCACAGGAAGAAGGCGCCCAAGGGCAAGGAGCACCUGCGAGUCGCACUCGAUAAGAUGGCCGAUGCAGCAAGCUUACCACCUCAUGGCGCUGUUGCUCAGGUGGACGCCGUGGUGGACGAGGCGCUCAAGGUGGCGGACGCCGGCGACGGGAAGGCGGUUGAAGAAGCCGAGUUCAAGAAGCUGCUGACGGAGGUCCUUGGAGCUGUGAUGCUGCGGCUGAGCGGCCAACCAAUCUUCUUCUCCACCAGCACCGUCGUCCACGAGCCGCUAUCCACUUCGGCCACCCUGUUGCCCUCGCCGGCGGCGGCAUCGCCGCCGAGUGAGUAGCAAUACGAGCACACGAAAGGUAAAUAGCAUGGGAUGGGCAUACGGCCUCCUCCGUAAGCUGUGCCUGUGGUUGUGCUUUUUAUCUGAUCACGAGCAUUCAUGCUUUGCUAUGGUUGGCUGGAACCUGACGGAAUGCAGCGUUGCAGUUCGUCAAAUACUCCAGCAGUAUGUAUAUUGACCCUGCUUGAUGUAUAAGUUUGGAAUAAGGCUUCCAAGCCAGAAAGACACAUUGUCAAUGGGAAAUGUUACUGCGUGCGAAUGCAUUGGUUUGACAAGAUGCUAUAUUACUACGUGCGAGAGCAUCCAUCUGUUUUUUUUUAAACAGAGGCAAAAGAUUUGCCUCAUAUAUUAAAUGAGGAGGAGAAAGAGUUUGUUA